AUGCGCCUUACACAAUUGGUCUGUGCUUUGUCAGUAAAGGCUGCUGAGAAGUUUGCUAGGUAUGCGACCUUUUCGCCAACCCCGUUGUCAUUGAAACAACUGAGUGCCUUUGGUAUGCUGUCAUUUUUAAGGAAACUAGAAGUCCUAUAGCUAUAAAAGGAGAUAUUACCAAGUCAACGGCCUUUUUAAGGUCAGAGCUUCCCGUCAGAGUCGCAAAUAUUUUACAAGAAAUUCAUCUUUUGCCGAAGAAGCUCCUCACGACACCAUCGGCGGCUCUGGUAACCAGCUGGUACAGCGAUAUUUUGUAAUACCAUCGCUCCAGGUACGAAGAGUCCUUCAGCGAAUUAGCUGACUUUGAAAGCGUCGAGCUCACGACAAAGAAUUGCGAUGAUUACCUGAAAUUUCUCGAAGAGACACUCCGACGACACGCAAAUGUAGUUGAGACAAUGGCUUGUGUAAGUUGUCACUAACGACUGUGUAAUAUCUGACAGGGUGUGAUGGAAAUGCGAGAAACUCACGGCAGCGACACUGCACUAGAAAAUCAGAUGCAGUACUUUCUGGAUCGCUUUCAUACGAUGCGGAUUAGUAUUCGCAUGCUUAUCAGCCAGCACCGUAAGUUUGUUCAUCCAGUGUGCCCGACCCAUUUCUAAGUUAACGUACCCCGUCUGCAUUAAGUCGUUUCGACUCAUUCAACUACCGUCAGUGCAUUAUCGACGAGUUCUUUUGUUAUCCUUUGCUCAGCGAAUUUUUCAUGUCCUUUCUGGCCUUCGGGUUUGAAUUAACCGCCAAUAAAAACACAUUUGCACAAGUACUUUACGUCAUCAGAAACUUUCGGUAUCAUGCUUGCAUAUAGCUCAAUAAUUUGUGUCCACCGUAGGGGUUACCAUCGUAAGUUUUUCGGCCUUUUGCAACCCGAACCCAUACUUUCGGACGUUAAACUUCAUAGAUAUUCGCAAACACAUGGACACAUGCAGGCGUCACGUCGGCACCGGUCCAGACUGCACGAGCUCAUCUUAUUCACCUAAAAGUUGAAUUGCUUAAGUAAAGUCGACGGAUUUAUUUUCCUAAUGCUUCACACUGCCGCCGUUGUCUUCGAUUUUGUCAGGAGUGGCGUUGACUGGACACAGCUCAACAAUGGUCUUGUGCCUUGGCGACCUGGAGCGUGUUUCGUAGGAACGUUUUUAUACUGCAUAGCUUAGCUUUCGUACGUCCGCAGUCUAGGCUGAAGAGCGUCACUUGCGCACCGGCCAUGUUCUAGCCCAGUUGUUUAGUUUUAGCUCUUUUGUUCAAUUCAAGUUUCAGAAUAAUCAGAAAACGCACAUUUUACUGUAGUCCCCAAUAUUGCAUACCAAAAGACCGACUAGUUUUGUUUUAGACGCCCGUCAGCUAAGUGGGAACUUAUCGCAGUGUGAAUAGAUAUUGCAUCUAAACCGACAGUGACUGAUGUAUGGACACUGGUAGAGUUUGUCUCAACGGUGCUCCUGCGUCCUCUACUUCGUCUUGUCGUGAACUGUAUGUACCGUCAUUUUGCGGCCAUCGGUUGUGUCCAGUCGCAGGCGAUGGUCAUCAGUAUCGCUGGCUGAAGAAGGCGUGAGUAGACAUAAAAUAAUUGCUGCUUUUGUCACCACAUUCUUUGUCAGCCUGCCCUUUUAAGCAGGCUUGUGUGAACUGCCAGAACCACCAACUUUCCGAACGGUACCCAUAGACGAAUAUAUUUUUCGAUUUCACAACACUUUCCUGCAGGUUCACACGGGGCAAUGGACGUCGGCCGUUUCAGCACAAGAGACUGCCGAACUGUGUGAUGCAACAUGACUAUAAGUUGAGAUGUUUACUGGACAGCUCGCCCAAUUGCUUGCGAAGGAGCCUCCGUUGUGAAUAGACCUGUUGUGGCCUCUUUUUAGUUACAAUUGUGCACUUCCGAUUGUUGCAGAAAUUGUUUAUCAACCAUUCAUGCAGUCGCGGAACGGACCGCUACACGAGGUUGUACGGAUUCGAAAAAUUAUGUGGGUACUAACCACUGAAGUUGUCCCACACCGAGCGCACCCACGAGUGUUGACGGCACAAACGCGCACAGCCCAGGCGGCUUCAUUUCUGCAGUGGACAAAAACAAUGAGAACCACACUGCGGGGCGUACCGAAGUCAGUGAAUUAAUUCUCGUAAAAAAGGAUCCUUCAGCGUUAGUGUCGGCCGCGAAGACCACACUUUUUAGGACUUGGGACGUAUGGUUUUCUCUAAAAACCUUUAUGAUGAGCAAUAUUUACGCAUCAAAAGCUCUGUUUAUUUUGUUUAGCCUGUUUGGCGUCUUUUCAUUGCCAUUUCUGUAAAGUCUCACUUUGAUUUCUAGUGUUGGUCUUCGGCUCGGAAUCCGAACAGCCAAAAAGGUUUGUUGG